CACAACAAUUGACUGUCAAAUUGUUUGAUUACAAUUAAAAAUUGAUAAAUUUGAGGAAAGCACAAAAAUGUCGUACGAUUGGCUGGCCAAUUUAAGUGAGAGGAAAAAUGCAAAACGCUACUUAGCGUGCAAAGAGAUAUUUGAGCAUCCACUAAAGACGACCGUGACUACGUCAGUGGAAACGCGUGGCGUGAGAAAACAAGGUAGUCAAAUUAGUAGUCGAACAUCAUCCAUUGUAUCGUUAGAUCCGCUAAGUUUGGAUGGAGCCGACCCUCUGAGUCAUUUUGUCAAGAUUGAUUCAUUUGAAGGCGAUCCAUUAACAAAACUGUCCAAUGAAUAUCGGACAAAUGGUAAUAAAAAUAAGGAAAAAUCGGAUGUUGUCGAUAUUUCGCUUGAGAAUCAUUGGAAUUCACGGAGAGCAACAAUUUUAUCCAAAUAUACGACGGCCGAAAAAUUGACAAUUGUUUCCAGUUUUUUACAUGGCGGUGAAUUGGUUAAAACUCAAAUUACAUUUUCGGAAAAAGUUAAGAAUCGCCUGGAACAAUUGGACGAUUUCGAAGACGGUUCCAUUCGACGUGUGAAUGAUUUAACGCAACAAGAAUUUCAAUUGCGCAUCGAACAAUUAAAUCAAGAAUUAAUUCAAGCAUGGAAAACGGAUCAACGUGUUAAAGCACUGAAAAUUGCAAUACAAUGCACUAAAGUAUUGGCAGAUACAUCUGUUAUUUCAUUUUAUCCCAGUCAAUUCGUGUUGAUAACCGACAUUUUGGACAAUUUUGGAAAGUUGGUAUUCGAACGAUUGCGAACCAAGACCGAAUACUAUGAAUCGGGCUCAAAUGUUGCUAAAACGUUGCCAGAAAAUUUCACACCUGAAAUGGUAAGCGGUGAUGUGAAAGAGACGUGCUUGAAUUGGUUUUAUAAAAUUGCAUCGAUUCGAGAAUUGUUGCCACGAUUGUAUUUGGAAAUAGCCUUGAUAAAAUCAAUGCGUUUCUUAUCGCACACCGAUUUUAAUCAAACGCUGCUUCGAUUAUGUCAUAUGAUACGCGGAAUUGGUGAUCCGCUUAUUGCUGCCUAUGUUCGUUGCUAUUUGUGUCGUGUUGGACCAACUGUUACAAAAGAGACAAAAUACUUGGAAGAAAAUUUAAAUGAUUUUUUAUUCGUUUACCACACAAUUCUUCUUGGCGGAUUACGAACUGAUUUGGCACAUCAACGCAUAAAUUUGAGCGAUUACUUAAAUCUGUAUUCGCCGGCAUUGGAUUGGACUAUUCACUGUCUUGUGGUUCAAUCAAAUGAUGCCGUUUUAGAUGAUUUUCUAAUAAAAUGCCAAGAGAAAAAGAAUAAUGGUCUAUUGUUGCAGUCAUUAUUAACAUCGUACAAACCGCAUUUUGUUGCGAUGCGUGCCAAUAAAUUUGUACACAUUUUGUCGAAUAGUAAUCACGAUGGUGUAACGAGAGGUCAACUAUUUCGUUUGCUUGGAGUGAGUUUGUGCAAACAAUUACCACCAGAAGAUCAACAUUUAUCCGUGCUGAAUGGAGCAUGGAAAACCAUUACAACACUAACUCAAGCAUCCGAAUUUAUUUAUUGCAUUGAACCAUGGGCUGAGUUUGCAAGCCGCAAUUUUGGGGUAAAAGAGAUCGAUACUAUUUUGAGUGAAGUGAUUGUUCGCAUGAAUCAAAAUCGUGCGUUUGAAAAACACUAUCCCGAAUUGCAGUCGAUUUGCAAUAGUAUCAUUGAAAAUAUCAAAGAUUUGGAAGCACUCUUGACGUCCGACAAUUUUUUGCUGUUUCUCGAUCUGUUCAAAAAAGAUUCGGUCCGAAUGGAUGUAUGCAAGGAUAUAUUAAUUGCUUAUAAGUCAAACGUUCCUGUGCCGCCAUACGAACAAGAAUCAAAUAUUAGUGAUGUUGUUGUUAUGAAUGCACUUUUACAAAUUGCAAAGCAUCUCCAUGAUGGAAUCACUGCAUUGACAAGUGAAGAUGAACAACGUCAAGUAACUCAAUUGAUAAGUCAUUUUGUGCGUACAAUGGGAUUUGGUCGAGAUUUCGAAGCUCAAUUGGCAUUUUAUGCAGAAGCACGUGCAGUUUUUCCCAAUUUAGACGGUGUCUAUGUAACGCUUGUUCAAUGUGUCAAUCUAUUGGCGAAUAAAACAAGACGCAUCGUUAGUGGAAAACAUACACGGAAAACAAGCGCCUUUGUUAAAUCAUGCGCCGCAUACUGUUUCAUAACCAUUCCCAGUAUAUCAUCGGUGCGCAUACGCAUGAAUCUGUAUUUGAUGUCGGGCCAAGUGGCGCUGUUGAAUUUAUGUUUUGGGCAGGCCGAUUCAUUCUUCGAAACAGCAAUAAAUCUCAUUAGGGAAUUGCCGAAAACCUGCGAAAUUGACGGAAAACCGAAGUCAACCGAAAACUAUUUGAUUUCAUUCAUAUCGAAUAUGCUUUCAACACUUUUAGUGACACCUGAUAGCCCAGAACAAGGUGUUUUAUAUUUAAUUCGCACAUUGCUCGAAGUAACAGAGAAACUGUCAUUAGAACCAGAAACAGGAUGCUUGACAAGAAUCUAUCUUUUAGUUUUGGACGUUUUACUCGCAUCGUCACGUGAAAAGUAUCCAUAUCACAUUCCAAAUGUUAUAUCAAAUGAUGAAUUGUACGGAUCAGACCCCAAAUUUAUCAAUGAAGUGCAUUCAAUGUCCUCACAAAUUAUUGAAUCAAUUUUGGUGCAGCUGAAAUUGCUUGGCAACAGUAAUAACUUGAAAGCACAAUGCCAUUAUUCGUUGGAUUUAUUUUUAAAGUUAGCAUUGCAUGCGAAUAUUGCCGUUGAAAGGACGUUUCUGUUAACGCUCAACUUGUGGAAUUUAUCGAUGAAAAAUCGCAAAUUUAUUGAUGCCAAAUUGCCCGGUAAAAUCCUGAUGAAAAUGGAAAAUCACAUGAAACCAAUCGGAGACGAACAACUUCGACAUGCAUUUGAAGAGCUCACAGCUAAAAUGAAAGUUAAAAUGUAAAUCCAAUGUUUUUAUCCUACUAUAUUCAAUAAAAAAAUUCGAUAUUAUAUCCAUAAA